UGAGACACUUGCAAAGCUUUAUGCACUUGAUAGGGAGGCACAGAGGGACACUGAAUAGACUCCAGUCCUUCUUCAGAUGCUUAUCUUCUCUGAUAGGAGAUAGAAGUGGACAUGCCUAGACCAGACCAUCACUGACACCUGGACUCGUCAUCUUCGCCGGGUUUAAGUGCGCCAUAAUGAACAGAACCGCAGAUAUCUGCAACCACUGUCGGAACAUGAUCAGGGAGAAGGAAAAAGGAAUGAAGAUAUCAAGACAUAUAUCAACAGGACCAAGCUCAUUUAUUCCAGAAAAUGAGAUCAUAGCAGCCACGCCCCUAAGUGACUCCACAGUGAUGUACUUAGAUGAAGAGUUCAAUGGGCGUGUCGAUAACCUGACACAGGUGAUGGGGCUCCACCCACAUUACCUGCAAGCCUUCCUGCGCUGCCACUAUUACCUCCUCAGGAUGGACGGUCCGCUACCACUCCACUACAGACAUUACAUCGCUAUAAUGGCCGCAGCACGUCAUCAGUGUUCGGUGCUGGUGUGUCACCACAUGCAGGAGUUCGAGCAGAUAGGGGUGUGUUCUGAUUGGCUAAGAGGUUUAGAGUUCUGCCCGCAGCGACUUCGCAACCUCAAUGAGAUCAACAAAAUCCUCGCACACAGGCCCUGGCUUAUCACUAAGCAGCAUAUACAGGCUCUGGUGAAGACAGGAGAACACAGCUGGUCUUUGGCGGAGCUGGUUCACGCUCUCGUCCUGCUGGCUCACUUUCAUGCCUUGUCUAGUUUUGUAUUUGGUAGUGGUGUCAACCCUGACCCUGAGGUCACUGAUGUCAGCGGAGUCUCAGAUGACCUCUGCCCCCCAGCUAUGGCCAGUUUGUGCACCUGCCACCUAACAAACAGCAACCAGGCCAACAGGAACUCGCAGCGUAACGCUGGGAGUGAACUAGAGGCUCUGAUGGAGAGAAUGAAGCGAUUGCUGGAGGAGAAAGAAGAUGAUGACGCUUCAGAAGAGGAGAUGUUCACUCGCUUUGAGAAAGAGAAGAAAGAGAGUCUUCUGGUUGUAUCUACAGGGUUCGACGAAGAGGGUGUGCCUCCCUCUCCCGUGGCUCGGUUUGUGGCCGACCCGUCGUUUGGAUACCAGGACUUUGCACGACGUUCAGAAGACAACCCACCCACUUUUAAAGCACAGGACUACACAUGGGAGGAUCACGGUUUCUCUCUGUUGAACAGGUUGUACUCUGAUGUUGGUCACCUGUUGGACGAUAAGUUUAGAACUGCAUGUGAUCUGACCUAUUACAACAUGGCCAGUCACGAGGGGGUGGACACCAGCAUGUUGCGAAGGGCGCUGUUCAAUUACGUCCACUGUAUGUACGGUAUAAGGCAUGAUGAUUAUGACUAUGGUGAAGUAAAUCAGUUGUUGGAAAGUAGUCUGAAGGUUUACAUUAAAACAGUAACAUGUUACCCAGAGAGAACUACACGCCGCAUGUACGAGAGCUACUGGCAUCAGUUCAGACAUUCAGAGAAGGUUCAUGUGAAUUUGCUUCUCAUGGAGGCCCGAAUGCAAGCAGAACUGCUAUAUGCUUUGAGAGCUAUUACCCAUUAUAUGACCUGACCAGUCAGAUUUUAUACAACACCUGUUAUAUGACUUAUCUAAUCAUGAUUCACCCUUUAUGUAGGGGCUUUCAAAUUCUUCUGACCAAUCAGACUGAAUACCUUUAAUUGGUAAGUCACUUAAGAUGAUGUGAUUGUGGGUGGAUAGUCAUUCAUUUUUGCUGGUUUUAAAUCGGACAGAUCUUAUGGUCAGACAAAUGCCAGCAUUAAAAUAUACAAGGUGUUAUAUUAUUUGGCUGAUUAAGACGAUUCAAAUCUCCUGACCUGAUCAAUCGGACGAUAUCAUUUGUGACAUAAGCUCAACAGCCUGUGACAUCGUGACUUGACAGAUCACAUUUUAAAGUGCAAUAUGUUCUCAUUGAAAACACAUUUAUACUGUAAACUGAAGAGCUGUAGGAUUGAGUGUACAUCCUUGUUAAAGACAGACGUUUCAUUCUUUUCAUGCACAUCUUAGAAAAAAAAAUAUUUUGAAAAACUGUUUUCCUUUUGUGAUAUCACCAUAUAGUAAAUGUUAACAACAGAAUGUGAGACUCCAGUGUGGAGUGAACUGCUUUAUAUGAUGCAAGACUUUUCAUUCUUUUUUAAGCUUUAAAGCCUUUUUUACAUUCUUUAAAGUGCCUUAUUUGAUUGUAUUUAAUGUAUUGUUUUUUUCUUUCAGAUCAAUUUAGUUUGGUUUAGUUGUUAACCUGAAAACUAAAGCUUUUGUAGCAUUAACAGUGCACUAUCAAUCCUUUAAUAUUUCCUUUCAUUUUCAGUGUUAUGCUUUGGAUAGUAGGAUUACUUUAUUGUUUGCAUUUUUUAGCAGCCUAUAAUUGUUUCGAGUCACCUUGAGACUUUGUUUUUGUGCGAGUGUGUGUGUGUGAUAUCAAACAUGUAGCGUGUCUUACCCUGAACGUCUGUAUGUAUAAGACAAAGUAUUUGCACAUCCGUUGGCCAUCUCUUCAAGCAAGUGUGCUUCUGUGAAAGAAAACCGUGCACACAAGCAUGACAGAGUUCAUAUGUCUGAGUGUUACGUGUGCGUGUGUGACUGACUAUACUAACUAGCUUUUGGUGCAGUUGGUUUUGUCAAUCAAAACAUUUCUCAAUUUUUUUUCUACGUAUUUGCACAAUUCUAAACGCAGCAUCUGUUUCCUUCAAAACUCUUUUAAGGUUGUCUGGAAAUUAAUACAUAUUGAAAAAAAUAAGCUUUAUAGAAAGAGACAGAAGAGUGUUGCCUAGUCCAGGCUCCUGGACAGUGCCUA